UAAUGCAAUGUACUCAGUCGGUGGUAUGUCGUGGACAAGUGCAGACGUCAUGGCGUGGAAACAUAUUCAUUUGUUGAUAUUGUUUGUCUAUAGUUCUUAUUUAGUCAAAGCAUAUACAGUCCCACCUGCAAAACUCGAAGCAAUAUAUCCUAAAGGGUUGAGAGUUUCAAUUCCAGAUGACGGUUUCACACUGUUUGCGUUUCACGGGAACCUGAACGUGGAAAUGGAAGGUCUGGAGGCUGGACAAUGGGCGAGAGAUAUAACGAAGGUUAAGAAUGGUAGAUGGACUUUUAGAGAUAGGAAUGCUGAACUGAAAUUAGGAGAUAAAAUCUAUUUCUGGACGUAUGUUAUAAAGAAUGGUCUAGGCUAUAGACAGGAUAAUGGAGAAUGGACUGUAACUGAAUUUGUCAAUGAAAAUGGUACAAUUGUGGAUCCGAAUGACUUACCACCUGCAACCACAACCACUCCUAGUUUCAUACCAACGUCAGCAACAGUUCCACCUUCAUGUCAGCAGUCUCUAACCGCGGUGCUGGGUCGUGGUCGCGUCUGUCGUGGAGAACUCCUCUUCAAUGAGGAAUUUGAUAAGAACAAUAUUAAAGAUUUAUCAAAUUGGAUCCCGGAAAUUAUGUUUCCACAGGAACCGGAUUAUCCUUUUAACGUGUAUCUAUCUGACGGUACACUGCGGCUCGAAAAUGGAAUGCUUAUAAUUUCUCCAAUACUUUUAGAAACUAAAUACCACGCGGGAUUUUUAAAUGGUGCCUUAGAUCUGACAAAUACUUGCACCGGAAUGAUCGGCACAUGGGAAUGUUCUCGAACAGCAUCUGGAGCGCAGAUACUACCUCCAGUUGCAACUGGAAAGAUAACAAGUAAAAAUAGGUUUAAUUUCAAAUAUGGUAGAGUUGAAAUUCGCGCGAAACUACCGGCUGGAAGUUGGCUUUUACCAGAAAUAAACUUAGAACCGCGUGAUAAUGUUUACGGUAAAACAAACUACGUAUCUGGUCUCGUAAGAAUAGCGUUUGCUAAAGGGAAUGCUAUUUACGCUAAAAAGUUGAACGGCGGACCAAUUUUGUCCGAUUUGGAACCUUACAGAUCUUUUAAUAUGAAGAGUAAAAUCGGUAUAAGCAACUGGAACAAAGAUUUCCAUAAUUACAGCUUAGUUUGGAAACCAGAUCUUUUGGAGUUUUAUGUUGACGGAGAUUUGUACGGUACAGUGGACCCUGGUGAAGGAUUUUACAACAGCGCCAAUCAGAACGGUGUCACACAAGCCUGGCAUUGGAUACAAGGAACAGUUUUGGCACCAUUGGAUCAAAUGUUCUACGUAUCCCUUGGCCUUCGUGUUGGUGGUAUCAAUGACUUUAGUGACGUCAAAGAUGCAGAGACCAAGCCGUGGAAGAAUGGGGGCAGGAAGGCAAUGUACGAUUUCUGGACCGCAAAAGACGCAUGGUUCCCUACUUGGUACAACUCUGAUAUGAAAAUUGAUUACGUCAGGAUAUACGCCUUGUAACAAAAUUAUACUUAAUACGUCUGAUAUAAAGUAUAAAUUAUUUAAAUAUUUAA